AUGUCUAGCGAACGUACCUCCAGAUGGGGUGAAGCCCCUGCCUCGGACUCUCCCGGUCCUGCGGGCUCUUCUGCUACCGCCUCGGAUGCUGCUGCCCGUGCCGCCGCCAUCGCCAGCAAAAUCGCUCAAUCUCUUCGGCCCCAAGGAAACGAGCUGGUCAAGAAGGACGAGGACGAGGGAGCUUUCGUGAAGGAUAUUGAGAUCAACGACUUGAGAAAUAGAUAUGUGUUGACAAAGGGGGCUACGCAAAAGCAGAUUUCCGACGAGACAGGCUGUGUCAUAACGACAAAGGGUGUCUGGGUCCCCGACAGGUCAAAGAUGCCUCCCGGGGAAUCUCCCCUCUACCUUCACCUCGUUGCCACCUCCCAAUCCAUCCUCGAUGCCGCCGCUUCCAAAGUCAACGAUUUGAUCACGCAAGAACUCGGUCCUCUUAUCGACGAGCGAACUCUGGUGGCUAGGAACAGGGCAUUGGGUCUUCCCCCUCCUCCGGGAGUACUUCCAAACGGAAGAGUAAAGUGGCCGGAGCAGAAGUUGUAUAUCGGGCUGGAUAGUAUGAGAAACUUUAACGUGCGGGCAAAGACUGUUGGGCCGGGUGGUAUGUUUGUCAAGUAUAUCCAGGCGGAGACUGGUGCGCGAGUGCAAAUCAAGGGAAUAGGAUCGGGUUUCAUGGAGAGCGACACUGGACGCGAGUCGGACGAGGCCAUGCACAUCAACAUUGCCGCUCCUAACGACGAGCAAGUCAACCGUGCCAAGGUCCUUGCCGAGGACCUUCUCGAAGUCUUGCGGACAGAGCACUCCAAAGCCCGCGACUCUGUCAACAUGAACCAACAAGCCGGCGGUGUCUACGGUGGAUAUCAGAGUUACGGUGCGCAGCCGUCCGGACAAGAUGCUUAUGCUGCCUACUAUGCCCAACAGGGUGCUACCGGUACGCCCGGUUCCCAGCCAGCCGCUACUCCCGCUGCCGGUGCAGCUGGAGGCGCCACCCCUGCUCAAGGAUCCGACGCCUGGGCUCAGUAUGCCGCCUACUGGGCAGCGUACGGUUACGAUGUCAACGACCCCCAGUUCCAAGCUUGGCAAGCAACUCAGUACGGUCAAGGCGCGGAGGGUGCUACUCAAACGCCUCAAGCCGGAGCUGCUGCCACCCCCGCGCCUGCUCAGCCUGCUGCUCCAUAG